AUGAGAAUCAAAUCACAGCCUUAAAAGCAGUCAGAGGAGUACCAAGAAACCAUCGACAUUUUGAGCAUUGCACAAUCUUCAAGUCCAGAAUCUAAUGAAAGUGAUAAUUGUUUGGAACCCUUGUAUGAGGUUGAAUCCAUUAUCAUGAAAUAAAUCAAUAAGGAUGAAUCUCAAUAUCUAGUCAAAUGGAAAGGAUAUUCAGAAUUGACUUGGGAACCUCUCUCUAGUCUAUAAAAUUGUCAAUUACUUCUUGAGGAAUUUGAUCAAUAACAAUCUUCCAAGAAUGUGAUUAUCACUACCAAAAGUGUAUCCAAAAAGACUAUAACUAAAUCACAGAAAUCAAAGAAAAAAUCAAAGAAAUCUAAAAAGCAAAGGCCCUUUGAAAAUGAAGAUUAAAUUUAAUCAUUCCAAAAUUUAGGAAGAACUAUUAAAAUUAAUGGAAUUACAAACUAAUAAUUGAAAGUACAAUCUUAUUUUUAUUUCUUUAGGUUAAUUUCAAAAAAUCAAAAAAUGAUUAACCUAAAUCAUCCUGGAUCAAUAUCACAGAAUUACAUCAAAUUGCUCCUAAAAAGCUCAUUUAAUUCUAUGAAUCACUACCUGCUAUCUAAGCUUUGUUUAAACAGACAGUUACGCCAUCCAAUUCAAGUACGCAACAAUAAUGA